AUGUAUAAUUUAUCGAGUGAAAUUACCAAAACAACAUCGAUUAACGAUCAACUCACCUCUCAAUUUAUCCGUGAUUGUAUUAUGUUAGCCGUAGAUGGUUUUUUAUUUCAACACAUCACACCCAAUGACCAUUACUAUCGGUUUAAAAAAAAGUUUCCAUCAGCAUAUAAACUAUUGGAUAGAUAUAAACAGCCAACACCACAACCACAACAAGAAAAACAAAAAUCAUAUUCUUCUUCUUCUGCUAACCGUACACUGCUACAAAAUCAAAAUCAAAUAAACACCACGUCGGCGCAUAAUAUUCUAUCAAUUCAACAGACACCAAAUAAAUCCUUAAAUAUAAGUGAUCAACAACACAGGCCACCAUUAUUAAAUAAAACAGAAAAGACUGUAAGAGAUAAAGGACAACAUCAAAAUAUUAGUAAAAAUGGAUUGACCGUCAAAACAGAAAAACCAGUUUAUAGUCCAAAAGAAACUCAAUCUUCAUCCAACUCGACAAGUCGUAGUAGUGCAACAAAAAAAUCUAUGACGAACUCCUCCUCUGAUCUACCGCAAAAACAACAGCAGGUUAAAGAUCCUUCAUCUUCUACAUCUACAGUUCACGCUCAACAUCAACAUUCACAUGUUUUUUCUCAUUUACAACCAACAGCACCAUCACGUCUAUCAAUACCGUCUCCCUCUAACGAACGUCCAAUUAAAAAUCCAGUUACCAUUGAUGAUAUUAAGUUACCUUUGGAAAUAGAAGUACGUAACAUUCAAGAACGAAUGUAUGCACAUCGUUUCAAAUGUUCACGUCCAAACGAUCUACAAUUGAUGUCUAGCAAAGAAAUUUUAGAUGAAAAAUUAGAUAUGCAACAAGAAUUGAUAAAAUUUGAAGAUAAAUAUUCAAAACCAGAAACAUCGGAACAAAAGCACAUUAUGAAACCGUUGUACGAUUAUUAUAGUCAAUUAAAACGACGAGUAGAAAAAGAUCUUGCACAGUUACAACAACAAAAAAUUACCAGACACUAA